AUGGAUCCAGAUCGACCUGGCCCUGGCGGCGGCGGCGUCGCCAGGAGGAGUAGUUCUGCCCGCCGUAUGACUCGCCGCGGUUCGAAUAUGAGCUUUCAAAGCUAUGUCUCCGAUGUAGAGAUGGCCAAUGAUGAGCCCUUUUCAGGACCAAUAUCAGAGUCUGUACCCUCCUCGGCGACAGGGUUCGCCUACGCAAGACCUCGACAACGAGCUGGCUCAAUCACAUCCUUCACAUACUUCCAAGAGCCUGGCGAGACGCCUCGCUACUCCGACGAGGAUGAGGAGGCCUUGGUGCUCAGUGACGACGAGGGGGAACAACAUCCUGACGAAGAACGCGAUCUGGAAGCUGGGGAUAACAGCUCGCUUCGACGCAAGUCUUCCAGUAGAUAUGGGGCCUCUGCUGAGCAACCACUUCUCCGCCGUCAUACCUCUGCACGGAGCGACACUCAAGAACACGACGAUGGCGGCACCUUUUCCCAACAGGUCUUCCUCGAGAGCGAAGAUCUUACUAUGGUCAUUGCUGGUUUCAGUACCUCCCGCCUCGGCUUGCUAUUGUAUUCUGCGAUUUGUGUCCUGACUGCUGGCAUUGGCUAUCUUGUCAUGCGUUGGGUUCCACGAUGGCGCAUAUCUUUGGUUGGCUCCCCAACGCCUCUCAAAAAAUGUACUUGGGUUGUGGUUGAGACUCAAUGGGGCGAUUUUACUGUUCACUACGUGUGUUCCGAGGAAUAUGGCCAUCCACUAUCCACCGUCUUUGCGCAGUCUGGAAGAGAGAAGCUCAACGGUUAUCGAUAUGACGGGGAUCGCGAACUUCCAGUCCUAAGAUACCUUGAUUAUAGAUACAUGAGGCUUAUAUAUCAUCCUCUCGAGGACAAAUUUCUUCUUAACAACGACUGGUGGGAUCCUCAAUGGGAAACUGUCAAAGCGCUCCGGGAGGGUCUUGACACCGAGGAGAGGGAACCCCGGGAGCAGGUUUUUGGCAGAAACAUGAUCGACAUACAAGAGAAGAGCAUCCCAGAGUUGCUUGUCGACGAGGCUUUUCAUCCUUUCUACAUAUUUCAAGUCGCCAGUCUUCUCUUAUGGUCAAUGGAUGAAUACUACUAUUACGCUGCUGCCAUUUUCUUGAUUUCGGUCUUCUCGAUUACCAGUACGGUUGUCGAAACUCGAUCGACGAUGCAACGCUUGAGGGAGAUUUCACGUUUCGAGUGCGAUGUCCGUGUGCUCCGCAAUGGCUUUUGGCGUUCGGCGCAAUCUGGUGAUCUUGUACCCGGCGAUGUCUACGAAGUGUCUGAUCCCUCACUCUCACAGAUCCCUUGCGACAGUCUGCUCCUAGCUGGUGACUGUAUCAUCAAUGAGAGCAUGCUGACAGGCGAGUCAAUACCUGUCUCAAAGAUACCUGUAACCGACGAUGCCUUACCGUACGUCGAUCUCGGUGCAACCUCCAUUCAUCCAAGCGUAGCUCGCUUUUUCCUCUUUUGUGGUACGAAAAUCAUCCGUGCUAGACGGCCGCAGGAUACAGAAGACGACGAGGCAGUGGCAUUAGCAAUGGUGGUUCGCACAGGAUUCAACACUACCAAAGGCGCUCUUGUUCGGUCUAUGCUCUUUCCUAAGCCAUCAGGAUUCAAAUUCUACCGGGACUCGUUCCGCUACAUCUCCGUCAUGGGUCUUAUCGCUGCAGUCGGCUUCGUCGCAUCAUUCAUCAACUUCGUCAAGCUUGGAUUAGCAUGGCACCUCAUUGUCGUAAGAGCUCUGGACCUCAUCACCAUCGUGGUCCCGCCGGCACUGCCCGCAACACUCACUAUUGGUACGAACUUCGCACUCUCUCGACUGAGGAAGCAGCAAAUAUUCUGCAUCAGCCCACAAAGAGUGAAUGUCGCCGGUAAACUAGAUGUUGUUUGUUUCGACAAAACUGGUACUCUGACUGAAGAUGGACUGGACGUACUCGGAGUGAGACUGGUGCAGCACCCCGAAAUUCGGUUUGGCGAUAUCCUAGAAGAAACCCAUGAAAUCCUGCCUCCUGCGUCAUACGAUCGCGAUCCUACCGUCGACUAUCGCGUCAACAAGAACAUGCUUUAUGCAAUGGCCACAUGCCAUUCGCUCCGACUAGUAGAUGAUGAGCUUAUUGGCGACCCCUUGGACUUGAAGAUGUUUCAGUUUACAGGCUGGUCUUUUGAAGAAGGGUCUCGCCUUACAAACCACUUCAUCGAGCCUGGAACUCAGCAAAUCGCCCCCAGCGUAGCUCGACCUCCCCACGGGUUCGAGUAUGAUCUUGAAGACUCAGAAGACAACUCCCAUCCGGUUAGAGUUGAGUUGGGUGUUUUGCGCUCGUUCGAUUUCGUCUCCCACCUUCGACGUGCCAGCGUUAUCGUCCGACAAUUUGGGGAUCCUGGAGCGAGCGUCUAUGUAAAGGGUGCUCCGGAAGUGAUGAAGGAUAUUUGUACUCCGUCGAGCAUACCCGAUGACUUUGACGACCUGCUGAGUUAUUACACUCACAAGGGUUUCCGUGUCAUUGCCUGCGCAUCGAAAUACAUAUCCCGAGUCGAUUGGGACGAGGUUCAGAACAUGGAGCGUUCGGAGGCAGAGUCGCGACUCCAGCUAAUUGGCUUCAUUGUGUUCGAAAACAAACUCAAGGAAAUUACCACCGAAAUCAUCGAAGAGUUGAAUGAGGCCCGUAUCCGGAAUGUCAUGUGCACUGGCGACAACAUCUUGACCGCUAUUAGUGUUGCCAGGGAGUGCGGACUCAUCAGCCGUGACCAACAUUGUUUUGUCCCCCACUUCCUUGACGGUGACAAAAUGGACCCAAAAGCUCGAUUGAUUUGGGAAAGUGUGGAUAAUCAGAUCUACCAACUAGACGAGAACACGCUCCUCCCUUUGGAAUUGCCCGCCGAGCAGAACACCAGCGGCCCAUACGAUGCGCUGACGGUCGGUGAUUAUACCCUGGCCGUGACCGGUGACGCUUUUCGGUGGAUUGUCGACUUUGCUUCCACAGAAGUUCUACAAAGAAUGCUUGUUAAAGGCUCUGUAUUCGCCAGAAUGUCUCCCGAUGAGAAGCACGAAUUGGUGGAGAAGCUGCAAAGCAUUGACUAUUGCUGUGGCUUCUGUGGUGAUGGCGCCAAUGACUGUGGUGCGCUAAAGGCCGCCGAUGUUGGCGUAUCGCUCUCAGAGGCUGAGGCGUCUGUUGCGGCACCAUUUACCAGCCAUAUCUUCGACAUUUCAUGUGUUCCGACUUUGAUAAAGGAGGGUCGAGCGGCACUCGUGACAAGCUUCUGCUGCUUCAAGUACAUGAGCUUGUACUCAGCCAUUCAGUUCACCUCAGUCAGCUUUCUCUAUGCUUCGGCGUCGAACCUGGGCGACUUCCAAUUCCUCUUCAUUGACUUGGCGUUGAUCUUGCCGAUAGCAAUCUUCAUGGGUUGGACCGGCGCGUAUCCUAUUCUUAGCAAGAAGCGACCAACAGCAAAUCUCGUUUCUCGAAAAGUCCUGACUCCUCUUCUUGGGCAGAUUGUUCUGUCUAUACUUAUCCAAUUGGUUGCAUUCGAAACUGUACAGCAGCAACCGUGGUACAUACCGCCACAACUCGACAAGGAGAAAUCUAGCGUUGACAAUUCUCAGAACACUGCUCUGUUUCUGGUCUCCUGCUUUCAGUAUACCUUUUCAGGGGUUGUCUUGAGUAUUGGCCCUCCCUUCCGACAAUCCAUGACGAAGAAUGCUCCCUUCUGCGUUACUCUCGCAGUGGUUACGUUGAUGUCACUCUACAUGCUUCUUGAUCCAGCAAAAUGGCUGGCGGAUUUUAUGGACCUCACCGAAAUGUCUCUUGGGUAUGAGCUGUUUCUGCUGGCUCUCGCAGUAGCCGGCUUCGCUCUGGCUUACCUAGCCGAAAGGAACAUUUUCCCGAUAAUGGCAAAAUACAUUGGUCGGUUGAAGUUGAAACUACGACCCAAGCAUCCUAAGAUCAGGAAGAAGUACAAGAUUAUUUUGGAAGAUGUACAAAAGAGUAAAUAG